UGAGGUGCGUUCGAAGGGGAGGGGCCACACUUCUUUCCUGUCGUGCCUCUUGGUGAUAGAUGAGUAUUAGACCCCCCUGAAAAAGUGAUCACAUUCAAUACACAACCCAUACCGCUGCCUCGUAUAUGGUGAAGAAGAGUAUUCAAGAUGCAGUUCCUAAUUUCGUCUUUUUUCAUGGCAUGCUUGUUAAAAAUGAGCUAUGGCGCAGAUUGGUGCUACCAAAGUCAAGUGACCUGUGAGACACAUUGUAAGGGACCAGCGCUGUGGCCUGAAGCGAAUGGAGGUUGUGGGGGCAGGAGCCAGUCUCCCAUUAACAUUGUGACCAAGAGGGCCCUGCCAGAUGAGCGGCUCACGCCCUUCAGGUUCACAGGCUAUGAGCACGCCUUCAAAGCCACCCUCAACAACAAUGGCCACUCCGUUAAAGUGGAUAUCAAGCACGAAGCAACUGUCCGUGGAGGAGACUUGGACGGGGUCUACAAGGCUGUCCAGUUCCAUCUGCACUGGGGCAAAGACGGAGGGCCGGGGUCAGAACACACGGUGGACGGAGAGCAGUACCCCAUGGAGUUGCAUAUUGUGCACAUGAAGGACAAAUACAGUUCUCUCACUGAUGCCCUCAAAGACCCCACUGGGGUUGCAGUUCUUGGAUUCUUCUACGAGCCAUCAACAGCUGUCAAUAAAAAUUAUGAUACCUUCAUAUCAGCUCUGGGAAACGUCAUAAACCACAGUGACACAAAGGACAUCACACAUCCCAUAUCCCUUCACCAGCUCAUUCUGACGGAGAGAAACAUGACCAACUACUACCGCUACCAGGGCUCCCUCACCACCCCGGGCUGCACGGAGGCUGUGGUCUGGACGGUGUUUCAGCAUGCCAUUCCCCUCCACCAGACCCAGCUCAGAACGUUCUCCAGCCUUAAGUUCGUCGAUGGGAAAAGUAUGGUCGAUACGUUCCGACCAGUGCAGCCCCUCAACGGCAGGCAGGUGUACCGGUCGGGCAGUGCCACGGUUCUCUCCUGCGCCGCCCUCCUCGUGACCUCUGUGGCCAUGGCCUUUAGCCUGUCUCACCCCAACUAAAGGGAGAGGCUCCGCCGGGGCUCACCGCAUCCAUGCAUGAACACAAUGAGUUCUUACCGAGUCCACCAAUCAAGUAACCAAAAACAAGAGAAGCAAUCAAAUAAAACGCCACCCCUCUGAAUACCGGCACACUUUCACGUUCCCAAGUGAUUCGUGAGCCAUAGACCCUUGCAGAUUAAUAACACGUCGAUUAGAUGAAGCAAAAUGGCUGUUAGAUAAACCCCCUCAACACUGCUCAGGUGGGUGUGUGUAGCAGAAGCUACCGCUCCUGUCAGACCUGUGGGCAUUGCAUGGCUUGAAUGGAAAGAGUGAAAAGCUCAUCGCUAUCAAUAGGAGCACUCUUGAACCCUUUCCAGUUCUGGCUGCAGGCAUUUUGGAAAGGAGGAAGAGAAUGCAUGACCUCGCUCAUACACUGCCAAGUAUGCACACACACACAAAUACAGGCACAAACUUAGACUCACACACACUCACAAGGAGAGAGAAACAGACAGAGAGAGAGAGAAACAGACAGAGAGAGAGAGAGAGAGAGAGGGGGAGAGAAAG